AAGUUUCUUUAUUGUACAGUCACAUGGUGUCCAUUCUGAAUGUAAGAUAGGCCUAAACAAACAAAAGCUAGUCAAAGUCAAAGCACCUGGUCAAAGUCAAAGCACCUAUAACUCUAGUGAACAAUUCUCAUCGUCCAAAGUAGUUAAUACAAAACAUUAACUGUCUGUUGUUCUGAAACAAAGACAAAUCAAAGAGUAAUGCGAUGAUUUAAUGUUUUGGUUGUUGCGUUUUUGAUUUACUUAACAAAAGAGACUCCAUUUAAAAUAUGACUAUGUAGCAAAAAUAAAUCAUUUAUGCGAUGCAGAUAAAACCAAAUGCAUGCAUUAUUUUUUUCUAAUUAGCUCACAUUUUAAUAAUCUGCAAUUUUCGUUGCCCAACAGGAGAUGGCGCUUAUUUUCUAUAAUAAAUAGCUAAAUGGACAUGAACUGAAAUACAUUGUUAUAGCCACCCCAUCAAUGACCAUGCACUAUAAGGGCAACAAUUUGGUUGUGGUGGGAGGAGAAAGCGAUUAACGCCAACAUCCAACGGAUGGUUGGAGCGUAUCAUAGCAGUUCUCAUUUUGAUCCAUUGCGCUCAUGUAAACAACACGAUUACGACGUGUAAUUAUGGUAGUGUAAUGACUUGCCUACUGCACGAGUAAGCCUAUGUGUCACUUAAGAAAUCGCUAACAACAUGUGUUGGCAAAAUUAUAUCCCAAUUAAAAAUAGCCUAGGAAAUGCUACGACUCAUGGGUCUACAUCUUUUACCAUGCAAAUUGAUUUCCCGCGCCAUUGCAUGCCAUUAUAUAAAAACAAUACAAUUAUUUGGAUUAAACGUUGAACCGUCACAACAACAAGUGAAUAAUUAACGUAACACAUGUAUUCGGAUCCGCUCUGGUCAUCAUCCAGCUCCGCGUUUUGCGAGCAACUCCGCCGCAGUGGGAGGAAGUUAAACCACAAAGCAGGCUGUAGCCUACAACACACAGCUACUUAAAUACAUUCGAAUCUAUUGAAGCGGAUUUCCAAUGAUACGUGCCGUAUUGGAGCUAAAACAAUCAAACUCUAGUUGUGGACGGCUAGUUUGCGAACGAAUGGACGGCAUACGAAGAGGCGUCCUUUUCCUGGCGAUCGAAUAGUGUUUCUCGCUCCAGUUGGCCGAAGCGUGCUGAACGCGUCGUAGUGCUUGGUUCUUAUUUUAUAUUUUAAGGGAAGGAUUACGUCGGGUACAGUGCAGAAGCUGAGACAUCGUCACCAUUUCGCAACCGAUGAGCUGCUCACGACCCCGGUCUCCAGGUCCAACCGCCCUACGACUGUCAAACGACGGCGGAGAGUAGGAAGAAAAGUUAUUGCGUUAACCAAGCGAUCCAGUUUCUAUGUUGGAACGCACCCCCCCACCCCUCCAUCAUCACGCGUCACCGCCGCGCCACCCUCCCGCCGUCAGUCGCUCUGUGUCGGGUCUCCAAGCGAGGAGGGCCCCCCCCCAGCGCUCUGCUUAACGAGGCAAUUAUGGAUUAUUUCGUGCCGUGUUACCAAUCUUCAUAAAACCUUUUGGAUUUUUACGACCGUGCCUCUGAAGACUUGAAGACCUCCUCCCGGGUCGAGUCGCGGUUCCACCCGCUGGUGGUUGAACGUUAUUACCGCACAUCGCUGGCGGACGUCGAGCCAGGAGUCGUAGCUGCUAGCUGGCCACAUCAGGACACUACUUGCUACUAGCAACGAGAACGCUUUUAGGCGAACAGCACUGCAUUUAAAUAAUUAAAAAAAAAAUACACAUUUUCCGAAUGGUGGAACCGUGGGAGGUAAUUUUCUAUUCGCUGGCUAGCGAGUUAGCCUCUUCGUCCUCGCUAGCAGCCGUGCAGGCUAGCUCGUCGACUACCCACAUAUCGUUGUUUCCGACGUUAUAGAAAGUAAACGGUCGGGCUACGUGUGGAUGUAGCAGCUUGUUGUUGUGCGCUCGUCCCGUCUCCCUGGACUGGACACAGUGCCAGGUCGCUCUGCUGAACAGCACCGUUCGGGAGAGCUUUCGGGUGAUCGCUGAGCCGAUAAGGAACAUUACACAGGAAGCCAACAACGAUGGCAACAUAAACAACAGCCGUGCUGGGAAUCUCUCCUUAACUUCAACACAACACCUCUUGACGUGACUCACUGGCCGUGUUUGCACGUGUCUUUAUUCAAGUGGAACGGAGCUGGGUUCUCUGGGUUUCGGGUUAUUAUCUGAGCGAACGGCCAUCCACUGUUGAUUCGUUAUUUUUUCUGAUUUUGUAAAACAAUCGCUCGCCCAUUUACAAACAUCUACCCCCCCCCCCCCCCCUAGACGUACCGAUCAGUGGGGCGCAUCAUUCAUGGAUGGACAUCAUUCCCAGUAGGACCUACGAUGUCCAAGGACCUGUAGGACUGGACAGUGCUCCUCUGCUAACCCUCUUCUGAGACCUACCUGGUCGAGGCAGAACCCAUCGCCAACCAGCAGAGUCCGGGGCAGCGGUGGCCAUUAACGUGAUCGCAAGCUGCAUUUAAAUGCAACAUUUGCAUUGACAUUUCCCCGUUAUGCCGUAUCACUGCGAUGCCUGAAUCUCUGGGGAAGUACAACUACUCUGACGACGACGACGACCACCCAGCAACCUAUACAAUCCACGUUCACUCAUCAAUGUCUCCCCCCUUCUCAGCCACACAAUGAUGUGUUUUGAAACGGAGUGUACCGAAUAACACGCUUUUGAGCCAACGACAUUCCGGCUGAUGGUGUUCCCUGCCAUCCACAAAGCUCUCCGUCAUGCACAUGGGCCCCGGGUGUUGGUAAUAUAAGGCGACAUUCGUGUUUAUAACAUCUUCAACCCAUUCCCCGUGUGAUAUCUGGCAUCGAUUCGGUUGUCCGGGGCUGAAGAUGGCGGACCUCGAAGCAGUGCUCGCCGAUGUCAGCUACUUGAUGGCGAUGGAGAAGAGCAAGUCUACUCCAGCGGCCCGGGCGAGUAAGAAAAUCAUCCUCCCUGAACCCAGUAUUCGCAGUGUGAUGCAGAAGUACCUGGAGGAGAGGGAUGAGCUGACGUUUGACAAAGUCUUCAACCAGAAGAUAGGCUUUCUGCUGUUCAAGGACUUCUGUUUGAAUGAGAUAGAUGAAGCAGUGCCACAGCUCAAGUUCUACGAAGAGAUUAAGGACUACGAGAAGCUGGACUCGGAGGAGGAGAGGUUGCUUCGCAGCAGACAGAUUUACGAUGGCUACAUCAUGAAGGAACUUCUGUCCUGUUCACAUCCUUUCUCUAAGAAGGCGGUGGACCACGUCCAGACCCACCUGGCCAAGCAACAGGUGCCCCCCACUCUCUUCCAGCCGUACAUAGUGGAGAUCUGCGACAGCUUGAGAGGCAACAUCUUCCUGAAGUUCAUCGAGAGCGAUAAAUUCACCCGGUUUUGCCAGUGGAAGAACGUCGAGCUAAACAUCCACUUGACCAUGAAUGACUUCAGUGUGCAUCGGAUCAUCGGCAGAGGGGGCUUCGGGGAGGUGUACGGCUGCAGGAAGGCAGACACGGGGAAGAUGUAUGCUAUGAAGUGUUUGGACAAGAAGAGGAUUAAGAUGAAGCAGGGAGAGACUUUGGCCCUCAAUGAGAGGAUCAUGUUGUCUCUCGUCAGCACAGGGGACUGCCCGUUCAUCGUGUGCAUGACCUACGCCUUCCACACCCCCGACAAGCUAUGCUUCAUCCUGGACUUGAUGAAUGGAGGAGACCUGCACUACCACCUGUCUCAGCACGGUGUGUUCAGCGAGAAGGAGAUGCGUUUCUACGCCGCCGAAAUCAUCCUGGGCCUGGAACACAUGCACAACCGCUUCGUGGUCUAUAGAGACCUCAAGCCGGCCAACAUUCUGCUGGACGAGCACGGCCACGUUCGGAUCUCGGACCUGGGCCUCGCGUGCGACUUCUCCAAGAAGAAGCCCCACGCCAGUGUGGGCACGCACGGCUACAUGGCUCCAGAGGUGCUGCAGAAGGGGACGGCGUACGACAGCAGUGCUGACUGGUUCUCCCUGGGCUGCAUGCUGUUCAAACUGCUCCGAGGGCACAGUCCGUUCCGACAGCACAAAACCAAAGACAAACAUGAGAUUGACCGGAUGACACUUACCAUGAACGUGGAGCUGCCGGACUCCUUCACGGUGGAGCUGAAGGGUCUUCUGGAGGGUCUGCUGCAGAGAGACGUGGCCAAGAGGCUUGGCUGUCUGGGUCGAGGGGCUCACGAGGUGAAGGAACAUCUGUUUUUCAAAGGCAUCGACUGGCAGCAGGUGUACCUCCAAAAGUACUCUCCUCCUCUGAUCCCACCGAGAGGAGAGGUGAACGCAGCAGAUGCUUUUGACAUUGGCUCCUUUGAUGAAGAGGACACCAAGGGUAUCAAGCUAUUGGACAGCGACCAGGAGCUGUAUAAGAACUUCCCGCUGGUCAUCUCGGAGCGCUGGCAGCAGGAGGUGGCGGAGACGGUGUACGAGGCGGUCAACUGCGACACGGACAAGAACGAGGUCCGCAAGAGGGCCAAGAACAAGCAGCUGGGCCACGAGGAGGACUACGCCCUGGGGAAGGACUGCAUCAUGCACGGCUACAUGCUGAAGCUGGGGAACCCGUUCCUCACCCAGUGGCAGCGCCGCUACUUCUACCUCUUCCCCAACCGGGUGGAGUGGAGGGGGGAGGGCGACACACGGCAAAACCUGCUGACGAUGGAGCAGAUCCUGACGGUGGAGGAGACCCAGAUCAAAGACAAGAAGUGCAUCCUGCUGCGCAUCAAAGGAGGAAAGCAGUUUGUGCUGCAGUGCGAGAGCGACCCGGAGUUCGUCCAGUGGAAGAAGGAGCUGACGGAGGCCUUCACCGAGGCCCAGAAGCUGCUCCGCCGGGCCCCAAAGGUCAUCGGCAAGGGCCGGGCCGGCAUGGUGGAGCUCUCCAAGCCCCCCCUCACCCACCGAAACAGCAACGGGCUGUGAACCGGCCCCCAGCGACUCGCCCCGCCCGACCCACCGCCACCACCAGACGCACGCACACACCGACCACACCUCCAGACACAAGACACCCCCCCUCCCCGGCCCUCAGCCCUCUCUCCCUCCGCCCGCCCCCGCCCGACCGGCCAUAGCACCGCCUGGUCCUGCCGCCUCCUCCACCUGCUCCGCCUCCAGCAACGGCCCCCCGAAGACGGCGCAGUGCGUGGGCCGGCCCCCCCGCCAGACUAAGCAGACUCUGUAUACUUGUGUUUGAAAGAAAACAAUACGCACACACACACCAUCUCUCCUGUCUCUUGUGUUACGGCCAAUCACAGACGGGCGGGAUGGGCGUGAACCGUGAACGGUGGGAAGGAUGAACUGAGCAUGUGCGAAUUGAACCCCCCCCCCCCCCCCCCCGACUCUCUGCAUGACUGUGGCGAGGACCGGGGCGAUUAGGUCGCAACGUCCUCUCUCUCUCCUCGUUUACCGCCGCCCUGCUCCUGUGUCUCUCUACCGACCUCGCCUGGCUCCGCCUCCUGCUGCUUGUGUGCUUCUUCUGCGGCGGUUUCUCUGCGGUUUCUCGGCGGUUGGGAUGCGUCUCUGUCUCAGAGAUGGACCUCAGACCCAGGUGGGGGCGGCAUGGGAAGGUGGGGGGGAAAGCGGUCAGAGCAAGAGGGGUUCAACGCAACACGCCUUCCUCCGAAGAUAAUGACUUCCUCUGGACACAUGCCCACACAUAGACACUGACACACACACACACACACAGACACACACACUCACACACACAGAUAAACACACACACAAACACACACCAGCUUAAACCUUCCCGUUGGGAGUGGAGUUUGCUGGCUGCUGCGUCAGGUGCUGCUGCACUGAUCCCAUUCCUCCGUUUUUGUCCCUAUAAGCCCCUCCCCCCCCCCCUCUUCACUCCCCUCCUCUCCCCCCCUGCCCCCCUCAGUCAGUGCUAAGACACGGGGCGGUGGAUCGCCACACGGAGAGGAUCUGGAUCCGCUGGCGUUUGUAGGCGAGGGGGCCGCGUGCGGAGGCAGAAGGCGGGGGUCUGGCCGGAAGACGCUGCUCCAGGUGGCCUUACACACACACACACACACCUGUGUUUGUGUAUCGCUGGUCUCAGUUCAUCUUCUCUUCUCCCCCUCGCAAACAAGGGGUGAGGGAGGAUGAGGGAGGGAGAGAGGGGGGAAGGCCCAUCACCUCGUCCGUUUAGUCGUCAUUAUUGAAGUGCGUCAUGUGCCAACGUCCGUUUUCCCUCGGGACCCGCCUGAACACAGGAUUAAGAAGCCUCCAAUCAGAGAGCACCGAAUCAUUCCAUGGCAGGAAACAGGAAGUGGAAACCACGGACUCCUCAUCAAAGAAACAAACAAAUCUUUCUCCUGUACAGCCAGUUGCCAUAGAGACCCCCUUCAACACCCACACACACACACACACACACACACCCCCCUAGAUCCUAUAUAUAUAUAUAUGAUAAUAUAUAUAUAUUAUUAUAUCCACCGAUGGGACAGCAGUUACUGUUGCUGUGGAAAUGGAGCGUAACCUUGGUGACCGCAGCGUAUCCCUGGGGGAUCAGUAUCCAUGGCGGAGGAAGAAGAGGGAAAAUUCAAAAAAAGAAAAAAAGUACAAACAAUGUCACUCCGUUUUGUUAUGAAGGAUCCACAGGAGACGGACUGCCGGGAUUGGAUGAAGUAUCGCCGGGGUUGGAGUGUACAUAAAGCAACCCUUAUUGUUUUCUCUCUGUGCAUCUCCAGUAUAUACGUGUACGCUACAAGCCUGUCUGCAGUCACGGGGGACUACUUGUGUCUGCCGCCCGGCAGAACCUUUUGAAUGAACUCCUAUAUAUAAAUAUCAUUUCAGGGUUUUUAGAUUCUCCCCCCCCCCCCCCCCCCCACCAUGCAGUACACUGUUGUCUGUGACGUCCAUGCAUUUCUAGAGCUGUGAUGUUUGUGUGACCUGCAGUUGGAUGCGUUUGAUUUUUAAAGCGGGCGGGGCUGGGGGAUGUUUGGCGAUGUGAUAUUUUUUUUUUGGUUUUUAAUUGUAUUUUUCUUGGUAGCCUUUAAAAGUCAGGGGAGAUGUUUUUUGUCUUAUAGAGAAAUCGCGUCACCUAUCAAGGUGUCUUUUAUUUUUGUAAACCAAAAUGGUUUUUUGUUUUUCGCUUUUUUCAAUUGAACAUUGUCUUUGCACCUUUUUUAGCCCAAUGUGUUACUUACUAGAUGUUGUAUGUGCCAAAUAACUGUUGCUGGCUGAGUCCAACGCAAUGGGGAGCCUCCUCAUUACAGCAACAGCCAAUCCAGCUGUGUGACUGCAACACACACACACACACACACACACACACACACACACACACACACACACACACACACACACACACACACACACACACACACACACACACACACACAGUGAGAGAGACAACCUACUAUUAGCGGAAGCCAAGGUAGAGCGGUAGUGAUCAUCGUUGAAGGGUACAAUACUGUGACCAAAUGUUUUCUGGCGGAGGUGCCAGGUCCGAGACGCGUGAUGCUUGUGCGGUGCUGCUGCCCCGCCCCAACCCCCACCGCACGCAGCCAUUGGACACCGAGGAACCAUGUGAUUCUCUGCUCGUUUCCCGGUAGGUCUCGGUUUCACACCGUCUCUGUGUAUGUCGUUUGAAUGUCUGCACGUGCGUGUGCUUCAUAAUGGCUUUCUAUGUUUAUUUAGUAGAGAUGGUUUGUCAUACUGGUUUCUCUUGCUCAGACUCGCGCUCUCUAGGUCUCUCAACACAAGACAAUUCAAAAAGAAUGGCAUAUAGAGAAAAAACAGUUAAAAAGUAUAUAUAAAUAUAUGUGUAUAUGAAUUGACAAAAAUGCUCUAGGUUUAUUUAAAAGAUUUAAUGUAGAAAUCAAAAAAAAAAUGUUUGGGGGAAGGUUAGGGUUUUGAUGUGAGUUUAAAUGUUUGUGGUGAAGACUUCAGCCUGAAUCUUGCACAUAAAGACUUAUGAUAUUGUACCUGCGAGUUAAAGAUAAUUAUUAUUUUUUGAAUACCGGACUUUUGCUCUUUUUCAUAUUUAUUACGUGUUUGGGAAGCUAGCGUUCGCCGACCACGUCAAUGAGCUCCAAGCUGAGACCUCGCUGUAAAAAUACUCCGGUUACCACAUCCCAUUUUAUGUUUUUUAUUUUUUUUUUAUUUGCCACAAACAAACACAAAUACUACUGGCUUUGGUUUAUAUCAUUGAGGUUCUGAUGAUACUGAUAUAUUAUUGAUAAUAUUAUUCAAUGAUUAUUAUUAUUAAAUGUAUUUUAUUUCAAUGAUUCAUUUUUGUUUUCGAGACAGGAACUUGUGUGUUGGACUGCUUGUAUAACAGUUCAUAAAUAAAAACUUUUUUUUCCUGUU